CGGGGCUGCGGGAGCAGGGGGACGCCGCGGCGGCAGUGGCUGCUGCUGCAGGACGAACCCAGGGGACACCGCCCCUGCCCGCGCUCUGCUUCAGCCCAGCGCUGCUCCCCAGGGGCCUGUGCGGACUCGCCUGCGUGACGUGUCACGAUGUCUGACCGGAAGGCAGUGAUCAAGAACGCAGACAUGUCUGAGGACAUGCAACAGGAUGCCGUUGACUGCGCCACACAGGCCAUGGAGAAAUACAACAUAGAGAAGGACAUUGCUGCCUAUAUCAAGAAGGAAUUUGACAAGAAAUAUAACCCUACCUGGCAUUGUAUCGUGGGCCGAAAUUUUGGCAGCUAUGUCACACACGAGACAAAGCACUUCAUCUAUUUUUACUUGGGUCAAGUUGCAAUCCUUCUCUUCAAGUCAGGCUAGGUGGCCAAGAUGAAGGUGUCAGUGGCGGCGGCAGCGAUGGCAAGCAGGCGGCGUUGCUGGAACUGUUUUGCACUGGGGCCAGCAUCAGGAAGUCCUCUCCAAUGGCUGUGCUACUGCAUGGACUGUAUACUCGAUUUCAUGUGUGUGUCGCAGUAAACAAAAACCAAACUUCUUUCUGUUUAGUUGCCUGGGGAAGAAGGCUGCUUUAUGUUUAUUUUUUUUAAGACUUUAAAAAAUAUUUUUUGGUUGUACUGCACUAGGGACUCUCUCCCGCCCCUCCUUUCUCUUCCUCUCCCUGUGUAAAAUAAAAGGCCCUCAGCAAAGCCCAGGAGACUAGGAAGCUGAGGAGUAGAAAAUAGGGGUCUGGAGGUGGAGGUAGAACAGCGGCUGCCUCCUGUGGUAGAUGCCGCUUUAGGAAGGCCAGGAGGCUGUGAGGACAGCCUUAGGAUUGGCAAGGAAGGAGAGGGAUAGGAAGUUGGGUGCAGGGACUGCUUUAGUACCAGGGAGAAUAUUCCACUGAACUGUGACUUUAUGGCUUGAGGUAGGGGUGGGUGGGUGGGUACAGUCUUUAAGAGGCCCUGAGAUGUGUUUGUGGUGUGGGAGUGGGGAGCAGACUUGUCUUAUGUCCUUGUCAGGGUCUCUAAGUAAGGGCUGUGUCUUUGUGGAUUACCCUCCUUUAUUCUUCCAGCCAGACGGAAUGUUGGGAGGAUGCUGGGAGUAGGAUUAGCUGACUUUUUCCCUUUACAUUCUUCUGUCUGCUCCCUGCUUAGCCCUCGUUUUUUCUCAUUCCUCAGUUCUCUUAGAGCAGCCCUGUUGUUGGCUGGCAAGGGAAUUUCUGGUGACUGUAGUUCCUUAGUUAGGUCUUAGCGAUCAAACCAAAUCAGUGUCCCCUUGAUUCUUCCUUGUGUGUGUGUGUGUGUGUUCAUCUGUGUGUGGGGGGUGGGUCUGGGGUAGAAGGGAGGGAAGGGGCAGGAUAAGUGGAAUCUAGGGUGUAUGGGGAGGUGGGGGAACAGUUAGUUCUAAGUGGGCUUUCAUGUUACCUGUUGAGGGGUGAGGACAGGUUGGUGUCACACCAUCCCCUCCCUCAGCCUUCUAGCUUGGACACCCUGAUUUGCCCCAUGGCUGUCUGUUUCUGGGAAGGUUUUUGGAAGGUCACCCAGGACAAGAUGGCCAUGCUGCCAUUUGCCCUGGAGUUGGAUCUGUGGGCAGGGAGCAACUUGUGGCUGGUCCCAGCCUCUAGUGGGACAUAGGAAUGUAAGAAAUGAGGGCAGAGAGGGCCUCCUUGGAAAAGGUCUGAAGUACAGUAAUGAAGCUCUGGGAGUCAGGUGGAGAAGGAUUGUGAGUGGGAGGACCUACCAGAGACGGUGCGAGGGAAAACUCGGCUGUUGUGGACAUGGUUAGGGUGGGUGGGGGGUUGCCAUUGCCAAUUGAGCUGCUGGUUCUAAUGAAUCACAUUCAGAACAUGCAGUAGGGUUGACACUGUAAGGGGUGGGGAAAUUUAGCUUUUUUGCCCCCAGCCCAUUUUUGGGGGUGGGGGAAAGCAGGAGAAUGCCCCUUCCUCCCAAGCCCUUUGUGUGUAUUGAGCUUUUUUAUUUCUUAAGUGCUGGCAGGGGAGGGUGGGAACUGGUGGUGACUGAGUUCCCUGUUCAAACCUUUCAUUGGGUAAAGACUGAAUGAUUUUAGGUUUUAUUUUUCUUACGAAUGUCCAGAUCUGUGUUUCUCCCUGCCCUCCAAGACUGGCCAGUUGGAAGUGUCUCGAUUUUGUUCAUCUCUCAUUUCUGGUGCAGGGACUGAGACCCUGCCACAUCUAUGCUCUGCAUCCACGCCUCUUUUGGACAUUAAAGGUCGAUUGAUGCA